GCUGUUAUCCUAACGAAAACCGAAAGAGAUGAAGAUGAAGUAGCAGAAGCAGCUCAUCCCAAAGUUGAAAGUUCCCAGCAAAUCAACUCGAAACAUUACAGUGGUGUUGCCCUUGGGUAUCUUCUGUUUGCUGCUAUAAAAUUGGUAAACAUGCAAGGAUUACUUAAUGCCUUCUCUUAUCAAAUUCGUUUGAAACCCGAAAUUGCUCACAAGCUUACCGUGACAAAAACUGGGCUCCUCUCCCAAAAACUCGACCUGGUUUUUCCAAGAAGAAAUUGCUUCAAUGCCAUUAGCUCAACAAGUGUUGACGCUGAUGGAGACGAAGAAGAAAGAUGUAAUUUGGAUUGGGAAUUGGAGUUUCUUGGAGAGCUUGACAAGAAGACGAAAAACCAACCUACAUCUAGGCUGCUUCAAGAAACUGAGGGCAUGGAUUGGUGUGUGAGGGCAAGAAAGACUGCUCUAAAGUCGAUUGAAGCCAAGGGCUGGUCUCAUAGAAUGGAAGAUAUGAUUACCAAAAAGAAGAAAAAGAAAAAGAACAAGAAGAAACUGGUGACGAAAAACAAAAUGAAUAAGAAAAGCAAGCAAGUCGAACAAGACCUUGAUUCAGAGGAAGACUUUGAUAUGCAAGAUAUAGAUGCAUUAGGUGGUUCUACCGAUUUAAGAACAACUGUGAGUAUGCUGGGAGGUGGGAUGUUUGAAGAGAAAAGGGAGAAGACCAUGCAAGAUUUUGUUCAGAGGCUUUCCCAAUUCUCAGGGCCAUCUGAUCGUAAGAAAGAAAUCAACUUGAACAAAGCAAUUGUUGAAGCACAAACUGCAGAAGAAGUAUUGGAGGUUACUGCUGAGACAAUAAUGGCUGUGGGGAAAGGCUUGAGUCCCUCUCCCCUCUCUCCUUUGAACAUUGCCACUGCUCUUCAUCGAAUUGCUAAGAACAUGGAGAAAGUUUCGAUGCUAGAGACACGUAGGUUGGCUUUUGCUCGUCAAAGAGAGAUGUCUAUGCUUGUAGGAAUAGCAAUGACAGCCUUACCAGAGUGUUCAGCUCAAGGUAUUUCUAAUAUCUCGUGGGCAUUGUCUAAGAUAGGAGGUGAGCUGCUUUACUUGUCAGAAAUGGAUAGAGUUGCAGAGGUAGCCUUAACCAAGGUUGGGGAGUUUAAUUCACAGAAUGUGGCUAAUAUCGCGGGGGCUUUUGCUUCCAUGAAGCACUCUGCUUCUGAUCUUUUUCCUGAGUUAUCAAAGAGGGCAUCAGUUAUAAUUCACACUUUCCAAGAGCAAGAGCUUGCUCAGGUUUUGUGGGCUUUUGCUUCUUUACAUGAGUCUGCUGAACCUUUGCUGGAAUCUUUAGAUAAUGUUUUCAAAGAUGCAAACCAAUUUAUAUGCUGCCCAAACAAAGAACAAUCGAAUCUCAACCGAGAAAAUGGUGUGGACAACAUAGGAGAUCUUGACAUCAAUGGCAUUGCACGCACUCCUGUGCUCAGUUUCAGAAGGGAUCAGCUUGGGAACAUAGCGUGGUCUUAUGCUGUUCUAGGACAAAUGGACCGCAGUUUUUUUUCCCAUGUGUGGAGGACUCUUUGCCAAUUUGAAGAGCAAAAAAUUUCAGAACAGUAUAGGGAGGAUGUCAUGUUUGCUUCUCAAGUUCAUCUAGUGAACCAGUGCUUGAAGCUUGAGUACCCACAUCUUCAUUUAUCUUUAAAGAGAGAUCUUGAGGAGAAAAUAGCACGUGCCGGUAAAACUAAGAGAUUUAACCAGAAAAUGACUUCAUCUUUUCAAAAGGAGGUCGCUCAUCUUCUUGUUAGCACUGGCCUUGAUUGGAUCAAAGAGUAUGAUGUGGACGGGUACACUGUGGAUGCUGUUGUAAUUGAUAAGAAGAUUGCUAUGGAGAUUGAUGGCCCAACUCAUUUCUCAAGAAAUACUGGGGUUCCCUUGGGACACACUAUACUCAAACGCCGCUACAUAACUGUAGCUGGUUGGAAAGUUGUGUCUUUGUCUCAUCAAGAGUGGGAAGAACUUGAAGGUGGGUUUGAGCAGCUAGACUACCUAAGAGAAAUUUUGAAGGAGCACCUUUAGACGUAGUAUGCAAUACGAAGGUCAGAGAGAGGGGGGGCAAUGUGAUAUUGUGACGAAACAAAGGCAGAUAAGUACAUUUUAUUAGGCGCCCUUUGUUAUGGUGAUGGCAAAUAUCGUUGUAACUUGUAAGUCCAACUAUUGUAAUGUUAUGACCUUUAAAUUUUGGAAAA